AAAAAAAAAAAAAAAAACCAAUCUCCAACAUUUCCGUUUUUAUCUCUCUUUCAUCUCUUGCUUUUUACCAAGUCUUUAACCAGCCUUGAGCAAAAUCCGCUAUUAAACAGACAUGUUCCGGACUCCAAAUCCCAUGACAUUUGGCUUCUUCAUGUCUUACCUUUAAUACUUGUUAAAACAUUAAACACACUCCCUUACAUUCCCAUCUUACCUCAAUGCUUGGAAUUUUGAAACUUUAUCCAAGUGUUUGAUGCUUUGCAGGAUAAAACAUGACUCUCAAGGGUGGCACCAGCCAAGCCUGCGCUGCGUGCAAGUACCAGAGGAGGCGGUGCACUCCCGAAUGCCUCUUAGCUCCCUAUUUUCCUGCCGAUCAACCCAAAAUGUUCCAGAAUGCGCAUAGGCUCUUCGGAGUCAGCAAAAUUUUGAAAAUACUAACGCAUCUUGAUCCAUCCCAGAAGAAAAUUGCCAUGAAAUCUAUUAUCUACCAAGCAAAUGCCCGCGACAAACAUCCUGUGUAUGGAUGCGUCGCGGAAAUACAAAACUUAUUAUUUAGCAUUCAACUCUGCGAAGAAGAACUUCAAACUGUACAUGCACAACUAGCAUUCUAUAGACAGCAACAACAACAACAAGAGAUUUCGUCCACAAUUAGUGAUACUGUUUCCCAGAUACAAUUGGGAAUGCCUCCUCCUGCUAUUGUUGCUGCUCCUCCACCCGCUAAUGGAAUUAAUGGAAAUGGAUUAACACUAUUCCAUCAAGAUGCACCUUCCCAAUAUAAUGUUGCUGCCAACGCCACAUUGCCUGUCCAAUCUUAUUCCUCUUACUCAAAUAACAGCUACGCUGCUUACAACAACACUACUUUUGUGGACCCUAAAGAAAAUAAUGUCGUCAAUUCGUUAUGGAUUCAACAAUCAUAUGGUAAUAGUGUUUGUAAUAACAACACAAUGAUCAUGCAAUCUCAGUUACCAGCUUCACAAACAAUCGUUGUUCCACAAGAAGUCACUCAAGACUACGACGACAUACAUCAUCCAUUUUUUGAUACUAUUGAUGACAGACAAUCUUAUAUAGAUUCUAAAGAAGCAUAUGACUCGAGUUCAGAGUCAUCACUGAAAGACACAAGACAGUCUGUGGAGCAUGUUGCAGAUAAUGAAUUAAAGAAUGCUGCGGCAUGUUUCAGUCUUACCAGUAUCAACGAAUAGAAUACAAAGAAAUGUAAGAAAAACGAUAGUAGAGUGGCUUUUUCUUUCGCCAUUCAAAAUUUUGUUCCAUUCAGAUAGAACUCAUUGAGAAUGUACUGCCAGUUUUAGAAUACAUUUCACCUGUCCAGCUAUAUUUGGUUGUUAGAAAGUUGGACAGUACUUUGUUUUCCUAGUUUUGGUAUCUAGAAAAGACUAUAAAAUUUUAAAACCUGUCAUAAGAGACAUGGCUUAAAUAUGCCAGGAGAAGAAACUCCACGUCCUUGAUCGCAUCUUCAAGAUUAGUAAAUCUUCUUCAUGUUUGCACCCUCCGUCUGCCAGAAAGUCGGCACAUUGGUUUGCCUCCCUCAAAAAUAUAUCGAAUGGUGGCCCUGUUAGCUUCCAACAAUCAAUUGCAAUCUUCAAUAACAGUCUUCAGGGGGUGAUAUUGUAUGUCCUUCUCUUUGAUAAGUUGGACGGCUAUUAGACAAUUUGUUUCCGCUUCUUAUUCUUUGUUUCACAUUUCUUUUGCUAAUUGUAACCUUUUUCUAUUAUGCAACAAGACUUGAUGUAAACUUCACCUUACCUGAGUAUCCCGACAUCCAUUUUCCUUGAUCGUUCCUAAAACUCUCUCCAAGAAGCAGCAUCUCUAGUUUGCAUCUUGACACUAGCUUGUUGUCUUCAUAUAAGACGAUUUUUUUUGCUAGUCUGUACCAAUCCUUCCAUAGAUAGACCUCAUUACGUGUCCCACAACCUAAAUACAGACAAUUGCGAAGUGUAAAAUCACUACUUCUUGUCAAGAAUCUGUUGUUAACAUUUUUCUUCA